CGAUACAAAACCGUGCAUCGGCCACCGCCGCCGGAUGCCAUGUCGCUGCCCCCCUCCGCCCCCUCCGCCGCCGCCGCCGGGCCCGAUCGGCUUCCUUCGCCGCACCCUGGCGGAAGCGUCUCCUCGGAAGCGGCGGAGCGCCGGCUCCGGGAGGCGGAGGAGAGGCUGAGGGAGGCGAUCGAGGAGUUGCAGCGCCACCACCACGCCAGCCGGGAUGAUUCAUUCGGUGACGGGAAACCCUGCUGCGACCACGCCGAUGAGUCCUGCAUCGCCCACGCCAUCGGGAACCUGUGCCAGAGCUUCCUGCUCUCGUAUGGCGUUAGGGUUGGGAUUGGUAUCCUCCUCCGGGCCUUUAAACUCGCGCGGCGUCAAUCUUACUCCUCUAUUCUGGACCUCAAGCAACUUGUUUCAGAGAAAGACUUGAUUGUAAGAGAAGAAGCUUGCCGUGUUGGAUUGCUUUUUGGUGGUUUUACUGGUUCUUACCAUGCUCUUAGGUGCUUCUUGAGGAAGUUUAGGAAGAAAGAGACACAAUUUAAUGCAAUACUAGCGGGUUCAGUGGCAGGGUUAUCCAUAUUGGCAUUGGAUGAUCCAAGUCGAAGGCGUACUCUUGCUUUAUAUCUUUUAGCUAGGCUUGCACAGUGUGCCUAUAACUCAGCCAAAUCGAAGAAUAAGUUUCAUCUUUGGGGAAGUCACUGGAGACAUGGAGACUCUUUGCUCUUUUCUUUGGCGUGCGCCCAGGUUAUGUAUGCCUUUGUAAUGAGACCUGAGAGCUUGCCCAAAUCAUACCAAGAUUUUAUACAGAAAACUGGACCAGUAGCAGAGCCUGUGUACAAGGCAGUUAGGGAAUGUUGUAGAGGUGGCCCUAUGGAUCUUGUUUCUCUAUCAGCAUACUUAUCAAACAAAAAGGAGUUCAGCUCUAUGAACUUGAUGGCAGAUCCUUCCAUUGUUCCCUGUUCAGUAAUACAUCCCGACACAGAGUCUUGCCUAGUUCACAACGGCACUGCUGCAUCAGAAACAUUUAGGAAAACAUUCCCUCUUUAUUUCUCACUGACGUUUGUACCAUUUGUUGUUCUUCGGCUACAAAAGUUCUUGGAGUCUCCUGCUUGGACAUCUUGGCGUGCUGUUCUGGGUGCUGUGCGCUCAACAUCAUUCUUGUCUGCUUUUGUAGGACUCUUCCAGGCUGUUGUUUGUUUACACCGAAAAGUUGCGAGUAAAGAUCACAAACUUGUUUACUGGAUUUCUGGUGCAAUAGCUGCUCUUUCUGUUCUUAUAGAAAAGAAAGCUAGAAGAGCGGAAUUGGCCCUUUAUGUGCUUCCAAGAGCUGUGGAUUCUUUAUGGUACAUUUCAGUAAACCGUCAUUUCCUUCCUCAUAUUAAGAAUGCAGAGCACAAUAUAACUGGAAUGGCAGGUUGCUCUUUUUUGUUUGUGCAUGGGGGGUAUCAUGUUCUACCUGGAAAAUGAACCAGACACUAUGGCUCCAUUUCUGAGGGGACUCAUCCGGAGGUUUCUUGCAAGCAGAAUAAGCAAUCCGAGCCCGUCCCCCAAUGCAAACACGUCCUACUCUUAUUUACAGACUCUGGGACCCAUUAAGAACCCGGAGCCACAAGAGAGCAAGGACGGUGAAGACACGGCACCAGCAAAAUACAACCUCGAGUCCAUUCCUGGACUUUAGGAGGAAUGAAAGAGUUUGGCAUUCCACCUUACCUAUCCUAUUGGAGUCGGCAAAGGCAUUCAUCAAAAGUAGCAACUGUCUCAUUUUUUUGAACUUUUUGAAGGAUGUAUGGUUCAUUUGUUCCUAAUAUAGAGCUUCCCACUCUCUGAACCAUAAAAUAAAAAGGAAGCGGGAGAUGAUAAUGUUAACCGGAUCCUUCUUUUCUUUCAUUUAUUCUUCUAACUCGUGAUAUUUUUGUGAAAGGACAGCAGGUAGAUAAUGUAAUAGUUCAUGAUCAUGUUUGUACACA